AUGUGCGAUGAUCUGAAAGUUACGUCAAGCGCGAUAUUCUCAGGCCCAGAUGCAGUGAACAAGUUCAUCGAUAGCUUGGAUCGAUACGAGGACACCGCCAUGGCUAUAUCCCAACUCGGCCCGUUCUUCGAUAGCAACGAGUCUUGGUCUGGCGAGCAACUCAACCAGCGAAUUCUCAUCUCCAUCAACGAUAUCAUCGACAAACGCUCUCAGAGAAGGCUUGACGUCGUUCAGCGCGUUAUUUUCAACCACAUUAAGCCUUAUUUCUCAAAUCAGCACAAGAGCGUCAAUGCGGACACGGGAAGAGUUAGGAUGAGGGAUCUCGCUAAUGAGCACAUCGAUUCUAUCGAUGCACCUGCAUGGAAGACGCACAAGUUUGGCAUUUGGGGUACAUUAGCACUCCUCAUGAGUAUCACGGAUGUGUCGCAAUGCUGGUUCAUGUUCCUGCCUCCAACUAUGAGCAUGCUUGAUGACCCCGAGCCUUUCUUUAAGGUGCGCGGUGUGAGACUUGCAAGGAUGCUCAUAGAUACGUUAGAUAGUAAACUUAUCAAUCAGGCUGGUCUGCGCACACUGUGGGAAAGUUCGUUUUCUACUGCCCUUACAUUUUUCGCACAAGAUCACGGCGCGGAAUUGCUUAUCGGCGCUGUAGAAGCCACGCUAGCUCUCUAUCGCAAGACGACAGUUGACACAGAAUCACUCUACAAACUCACAUUGGAUAGUGUCAUUCAGCCUUGGUUCUAUGCAGGGGAUAAGCUGGCUGUAUUGUUUCCAACUUUCACUGUACUGCCUCAAUUGCUAGAAGCGAUGGAUAUAAAUUCUGUGCGGUUUCUGAAGGCUAUCAUCCCACAGAUCAACAAAACUCUUCUUAUUGCCUCUCCAAACGAACACUCCUUGCCUGUCCAGACGGCUGCUCUCGACGCGCUAAGCACGCUGAUCCGGGUGUGCGAGCCACGAAUACAUCAGCGCAGAGUGCAGAUACUUGAAGGAUUAGUCAAAGCUUUUGUGAAAGAUGGUCAUCAUCCGGAACACUGCUCCAGACUCCAGUAUUGCUUUGGUGUACUUAAGAAGACUGCGCCGCAAGUUAGUGAUGAUUUCAAAGCGCUAACCAACAUACACCCGUCUUUGAGCUCUUUAGACAUUGACUUUUAG